AUGGCGGAGUUAGAAUCAGCACCUCCACAGAUAGAACCAGAAAACAACCUUUCCUCUCUCAUCUACGACAUAUCAAACGAAGCUCAAGCGAUCAUGGAGAACAUGCUUAAGACGAUCACUGAAAUUAAUCAAAACUCUGCAGUGAUAGAGGAAGAGAUAGAGAAAAGUAAAAGUACUGCUCUCGAAAGGAAAAGAACCUUAGAUGAAGAGAAGGAUCACUUUCAAAAAGCUGCUUAUGCUGUUCUUGACAUGCUUAACAGAGAUUAA